AACAAAUCCAAACCUCACCAAAUAAAGCCAUUCAAAACCCUAACCCUUCUUUUUCAUUUUCUUACUUAAUUAGUAGCGGCGCCUCCUCCGUUCACGACCACCAUCAAGCUUCAGCAAUGGGAAUCGAUUUAGUCGCAGGAGGUAAGAGCAAGAAGACCAAAAGGACAGCUCCCAAAUCCGAUGAUAUUUACCUCAAGCUUCUCGUCAAGCUUUAUCGUUUCCUUGUAAGAAGAACUGGGAGCAAAUUCAAUGCCGUUAUAUUGAAGCGCUUGUUUAUGAGCAAAGUUAACAAACCUCCACUGUCUCUUUCUAGGCUUGUUCAGUUCAUGAAAGGAAAGGAGGACAAGAUUGCUGUGGUAGUGGGCACAGUGACUGAUGAUAUAAGGGUCUAUGAGAUUCCAGCUUUGAAGGUUACUGCUCUUAGGUUUACCGAGACUGCUAGAGCUAGGAUUGAGAAGGCUGGUGGAGAAUGCUUAACUUUCGAUCAGCUUGCUCUCAGGGCUCCUUUAGGUCAAAACACGGUUCUUCUCAGAGGUCCAAAGAAUGGGCGUGAAGCAGUUAAACACUUUGGCCCAGCUCCUGGUGUGCCUCACAGCCACACUAAGCCUUAUGUGCGCUCAAAGGGACGGAAGUUUGAGAGGGCCAGAGGACGAAGGAACAGCAAGGGAUUUAGGGUUUGAGAUGACUUUGGGCUUUUCAUAUGUUGUUGCAAACCAAAUUUUGCUAUACUUAAGGUUUUCAUGUUAUUUGUUCCCUUGUGUUUGUUUGGAUUGUUUAAUUAUGGAAUGAUUUCUGGUUUGAGUAUGACAUUAUCAAUUGGGAAUAAAUAAGUUGUUUACUUAUGAAAAA